AAGCAUACCGUAUUAGGGCGUUUCCGUACUGCACUGUGCAUCUCGAGUCACUUAAUCUAUGCUUAACAUUGAUAUGUAUGUGCGACAGUGGUGAAUAUUUUGACACGGUUUUGAUCGAAAGUUUUUGAAGCUUACUGCGUUAGCCAUGGGUAAUGAGAGUAGUCUGCCUAUGGAGCUUUGCUCCAAUUUUGAUGCAGACGAAAUUCGGCGAUUGGGAAAAAGAUUCAGGAAACUUGAUCUUGAUAAUUCCGGAUCUCUAAGCAUCGAUGAAUUCAUGUCACUUCCAGAAUUACAACAGAAUCCACUUGUUCAACGUGUUAUAGACAUUUUUGAUGCAGAUGGAAAUGGAGAAGUGGAUUUUAAAGAAUUUAUUCAGGGUGUGUCACAGUUCAGCGUGAAAGGCGACAAAGAAUCAAAGUUGAGGUUUGCCUUCAGAAUUUAUGACAUGGAUAAUGAUGGAUACAUAUCUAAUGGAGAACUGUUCCAGGUUUUGAAAAUGAUGGUGGGUAAUAAUCUUAAAGACACACAACUUCAACAAAUCGUUGAUAAGACAAUCCUUUUUGCGGAUAAAGAUGAAGAUGGCAAAAUUAACUUUGAAGAGUUUUGUUCUGUUGUAGGCAACACAGACAUCCAUAAAAAGAUGGUUGUGGAUGUGUAAACUUGUGCCAUUGUAACCGUUGAUGCAUCUUACAUGAGACUUCGAGAGACAGGGGGAAAAGAUUUUUUGUCAUUUUGUCUCCAGCCUGCCUGCCAUUCAGUGUGUAUCAUGUACCACACAAACAUGUUUUCUUUUUUGUUGUUUUGUUUAACACUGUGCCGUGACAACUUCAUAGUUUCUACUGUUACCACUUCCACUUCUACGUAUCUGAUCUUGCUUAAAAAUAAAUUGAGUUCUAAUUUUAUGAUGUAAUAUGCAUGAUCCUUUAAAUUUGAUGUCCAUAAAUUGUUUUUUUUUUUUUUUUUUUUUAAUUUCCAAAUUCUUUCCAUAAACGUCCAUAUCUGAAGGCAAUGGCUGAAAUAUUUUAAAAGACUUUUCUAAGAGCAUAUAUACAUAUUGUUGAAUCUGUGCUACCUAAUUUUUAUUUUUAUUUUUUUGGUGUGUGCGUGUGUGUCUUUCUCUCCUUUGAAUAUUGUUAACUCAUAGCUUCACGUUCUUUAUAGGGGUGCAUUGCUGGUUUGUUUCCAUCAACCAGUGAAGAUUUUUCUUUGUGAGGGUGGGAAGAGGGAAGUAUUUUGGGUCCUUUUGAAAAGAAAAAAUUACGUAUUACCCAAGGGAGCAACGCUUGCCCUUUUGUGUACAGUACUUAUUUGUAGAUUACGAUGUAUGUUAUUGAAACGGAGACGUCAUGUCAUCGAGACCUGUGAUGGUUAGAGAUGGCUGGCUGUCUCUGUGUGUUUGGGAGUUGGUCUCAGUUUGCUUCAAGACCACCAUGUAUGGUGGAGUAGUGGACUUCGGGAGUCGAAAGCGGAUUCUGGUGGUUCAACAAUCUUUCAUUGAAAGCCAUAAACAAUGCUGAUUUUUUCGAAAAGUUGAGUCAGACUGUUUAUACGGAUAGGUCUGAAUGCACUGAUAAUCUCUGCAGUUAAAGAAUUCAAUUAAAAAAUUUUACUUAUUGGUGUUAGUGUACAAACUAAAAAUAUAACAUGUUAAUGUGUAUGCCUUUUUUCACUCUUCGAAACAAACUCGUGUUACAUUCAUCCUCUUGAACUCACGUUUUUUCUACCAAUGGCCAACCUGUAUAAAUUAAAAUGUUCAUGUGUAUCUCUUGUAUCCAUGUAUUAUUCAUGUAAAAUGCUAUUUAUCUGCGAAUGAAACUUUGAUAUUAAUGUCUUAGUAUUCAUUUGUCAGUUUAUCAAACCUCAUUUAAAAAGAUAAUACUAAAUUCUGAAUUGAAGAUGCAGUUUCAAAAGUAAUCUGUACAUUAUUAUGAAGUCAAAUUUUUGCCUUUUUAAAAUGAAAAAAUGGGGUCAGAAUCUAAAGCAUUUUGCACACAAUGCACAUGUAUCUUUUGAACAUGGGUACAGGACUUAUUCUUCCAUCCUAACCAAGUUUUUGCUUCAUCUUUAAAUAUACAUAUUUCUAUAUACAUAAGCAUAUAUUAUAUAUCCUUAUCCAUGGAUAUAACUUGUUGUUGUACUUGUGUAAAACUCGUGUGAAAUCGGGAAAGUUCAAAUAAUUCAUCUUAUAAAACUGAACUGAAUAACCAGCGACUCCAUUGCAUAUGAGUCAUGGGUAAAUAUUAUUCAUCCCAGGACUUGAAUGGACCUUACAUUUGUCUCUUCUGUGUUAAAUUAACUUUGCUAUGGACACUGCAUGCAGUGGUACUGUAUUCGAGAGUUGUUUCAAAAACACUCAGCUGCAAACAUUUGAGGCAAUCAAAUUUUUUAUUUUUGUUUUUACUUUUAUUUCAUCUUGUGUGUAUUAAUAAGCUCAGGUUCAGAGUUUUGAGGUUCGAAAAGGUUCGUAGAUCUUAGAUGCAAGUGGAAUGAUUUUUAAUUUUUUUCCUCGGCCAUUCUAUUUUGAUUGUGUUUUUGCUUCUCAAAUGGAGAGGAAUAGGUUUUUUUUUGCUAGUCAUGUUUGUUUUUGUUUUAGUUUUUGAAUAUCCAAAUGAGAUUUUUAUUUUUGUCACAUUCAGACUUCACCCAUUUAUGUGAUACCUGUGUGAUGAAACAAAAUGCCUGUGAUUUUUACCAACUUGCAAUUCACCUUUGCUCAGUUAUGUAAAAGAAUCUUGUACCUAUUUUGUGGUUUGUUAAUAGAGAAAUCUCAUAUUCCAAAAAAAAAAAAAAAACCAUUUUUUUUAUUAUGUAUAUACUUUUUUUGUCUUAAUGUAAAUGGUGUCACUGGUGAAAAAACAUUAAAAAUACUCCAUUUGCAUGUAUAUAUUUUGAAAUGUAGAAAUAAUGUAGUAAAACUAUGCGAUUUUUCUCUUGUCUGCCAUGUAUUUGUUUCUCAUGAACAAGCAAACUGGAAAGAGACCCAACCGAGUAAGAGAUGUUAAAGUUUAUUAGAUCUUCAAAUAUAUUAGUCUAUAUGUUGAAUAACUAUUUACUACUGUUUUUUGUUCAAAGAUUUAUUCUACAUUGACUGCUAUAGAGCGCCUGUUGGGAAGUACAGUAUUAAAGCUGUGGUGAAGGAUGGGUCUAAUUUCCAAGCUAAAAAACAUAUAUAUAUAUUCCAAAUUUCAGCUAUAUAUAUAUAUUUUUAAGUUUUGUAUUUCCAACUUGUACAAUUGUUCUAGACUAUUGUUUUGCUCUGUGUAUUGUGAACAUUUUUCAUCAGUUAAGAGAAUAAACAAAUGUCCCUUUUAAAUUGUAAUGUUGUUAUUGUACCUCAUACCUUGUUGUUGCUUAUGUUGAACCUCUGGAUUGUCGAGUUUGUAUUAAUAAUGGAG